GCUAGCCUCUGAGGGAACUACAUGAAUGACAGCCUUCGCACAGAUGUAUUUGUGAGAUUCAACCCGGAGACAAUUGCUUGUGCUUGUAUCUAUUUGGCUGCAAGGACACUAGAGAUCGGUCUCCCAAAUCGUCCACACUGGUUCCUCCUUUUUGGUGCGACGGAGCAAGACAUUCGUGAGAUAUGUGUUCAGAUUUUAAAGCUGUACAGCCGCAAAAAGGCAGACUUGACUGUCUUGGAGAGUAAAGUGGAAAAACGGAAGAUACAGAUUGAAGAAGCUAAGGCCAAGGCAAAAGGAUUACUUCCUGAAGGAACACCAAGGCUUGACAAUGGUCCGGAAUUCUCACCAAAUGCAAAAACUGACUCUCCAAAAGAUGGAAAGGGAAGCAAGCCUUCACCUAUUGCAAUGCAUGCACUGAAAAAUGCCAAAAGGAAAUUGGAAAGUGGAUCAAAAAAGUCUACUUCUGCAAGUCCUGUUAAUGGCAUUGUUAAAGGGAGGGACAGCAGAAGCGGCAGUAGAAGCAGAGAUAAGAGCUUUUCCCGAUCCAAAUCUCGAUCGGGGUCUCCAAAAAGAAGGAAAAGUAAAAGUUACUCUACAUCAAGUGGGUCAAAAUCCCGUAGUCCUUCCCGAAGUCGCAGUGAUUCCCCGCCACGAAAACACAAUUAUGGUGCACACAAAAGCUCUAAAGGACAUGUGUAUGGAAAGAGUGCCGACUACAAAUACAACGCACAUAAGAGAAGAUCUCGCAGCCGAAGCUCCUCCCCUUCCUAUAGCCGAUCACGUGAAAGUCCAGAAGCUCGGAAGUACAAGAAGAAAAGCCACUACUAUAAUGAGCGACGGAGGGAACGUUCCCGAUCCUAUGAAAGGACAAGCCACCGAAGCUAUGACCGAGAUUACUCUGGGCACAGCCAUCACCGAAGAUGAGAGCUGAAGGGGACCUCUGGCGUUGAGUCAUCCAAGCAGUUUCAGUGCCAGAUCUUUUGGAUAUUGGGAAACCGGACAGCCCACCCAUUUGUUACUAAAAAACCUAUUAAACUCAGACAAGUUAAUUUUGUUCCAGACCAUUUAAAUAUUUAGAUGUUCAGACUGACCGCCUUUGUAGAUUUAACUUGAGCAUUUUGAUUGUUGUCGUCAGUCUACCCAACCACUGGCAUUCUGUUUUUAGUAGAUGGCAGAGUUAAAUCACUGGCCACUUACCUUUUUAUGUCCAAUCUGUACCUUUUCUGUCAUUUAAAGUGGUAAUUCUCUCAUGAUUAUACAUCUGAAAUGCUGUAGAAAUGAUGAAUCCUCUUGCUGUUGUGGGCAUUGGCCUCCAGAGCAGGGGUAGCAGAACAAGACUGCAGGCAAGGGGAUCUCGACACUGGAGUACACAAAGAACAUGGCCUGUGAGUUAACUCCUUUAGCAUCUGUUCAAAGGAUUUUUGUUUGAAUUUGCCCUUUAAAGGGAAGGUGUAGUAACCCACACAACCUGUCAUAAUUUUUUUUUUUUUUUUUUUCUUUAAAAAUUGGGCAAAAAUCAGGCUUCUUUGGGGUACUCCACUCCAUAGCUUCAGACACUGCCUUAUUAAGUUUGUAAACAUUACACCAGAGCAAUCUUUCAUGGCUACAUUGUAUAUGUAAGUAAAGUCAUUAUAUUGACCUAUAUUAGGUCUUGCUUGAUAUCCCAUCCCCCUUCCUCCAAGAUUACACAGCCUUAAAUUGACUUUGGGCAUUUGUAAAUAGCAACAUGUUAAUGUGACCAGGUCAAGAUUUUGUGGAAGACGUUCUGCAAAAACAAGCAACAUACUCGGGACUGUUCUGUACUGUUUUAUAUCUUCAGAGGCUCGUGCCGGACACGAGCAGCCACAAGACAUUUCAUAUUGCAUAUGUUUUAUGUCUAUUAAUGGAUCUGCACAUUGUACUCAGGAUUAUUGAUGGCUGAUAGAAUGCAAAGAUGUGUCAUUCUGCUUGUUGAAAUGAUGAAACAAGACACAGCCAGGCCAUAUCAGUUUUAUUGGUAUAUCCAAGCUGUAUUUCUUUUUUCUUUCAUUAAAGUAUUGGAUUUUGUACUUUA